CUGUUUCCUCCUUUCCUUCUUUUGUUUUCUUUUCCUUUCCUUUCCUUUUCUUUUCUUUCAACACGGAGGAAGACAAAGGGAGAGACGUAUAGGUUUUUGUGUGUUGUGUUUGUUUUAGGGCAUUGAGUUGACGUAUCCAUUUUUAACAACACAAACGACGGUGGGAUUGAGGUGGAGAUGAUUGCACUGAUCACCUCCUUCUAAUCUGAAAACCCCCAAAAACUUUAUCGUCGUCGUCGUCAUCAUAUUAAGAUUAAGAUCAAGAUCAAGAUCAAGAUCAAGAUGUACGUGAAAGCUGUGCCAACGACGGAUCUGAAUCGGAACACGGAGUGGUUCACGUAUCCAGGUGUAUGGACAAUCUAUAUAUUCAUUGUCUUCUUCUCUUGGCUCCUCGUUCUCUCCAUCUUCGGCUGCACUCCCGGCAUGGCCUGGACCGUCAUCAAUCUCUUUCACUUUGGUGUUACUUAUCACUUCUUCCAUUGGAAGAAAGGAACUCCGUUUGCUGAUGACCAGGGGAUCUAUAAUGGGUUGACUUGGUGGGAACAGAUCGACAGUGGAAAGCAGCUAACGGACAACAGAAAGUUCCUAACUGUUGUACCUAUAGUGCUGUACUUGAUAGCCUCACACACAACUGACUACCAAAACCCAAUGCUCUUCUUCAACACUCUUGCAGUGAUUGUGCUAGUUAUUGCCAAGUUCCCUAAUAUGCACAAGGUCAGGAUCUUUGGAAUCAAUGGAGAGUAGUGAGUUUUUUGCUGGUGUAUAAGGCUUUGAUCCUUCCUUUGUUUUGCUAAAUUGUUACACAUAUAUCCCUGUAUAGAAGCCAGAACUGGAAAGGCUAUUCGGACAUGUAAUGUUUUUUUUGUUCGGACUGUUUUACAAGCUGUCUCUCCCUUAGAUAUUGAAGGAAUAAGUGUACUAAUUUAUAUUUGUACAGUAGAAUUUUCGUGUAUGAGGAGAAUCACGGCUAUUCUUAUCAGCUUUUCCCCGAAUAUUGAAAGUGCUAUGUUUCCUUGA